UUACCACUGUUGCUUGAGACGUUUUGUUGUCAUUCUGCUCUUCUUUGGCUUGGCCUAUCUCACUCUUUAUCACUCACGGCCAGCUUCCCUCUGUUUUGUUCACUCUAUUUGUUACUUGUGUUUCAUCAUCCAAAAGCACACUCACUCAUAACACAAGCUCACACUCUCUCUUUACUCUCUAACGUUUCUUUUUUGUUUGUAUAGAGAGAAGAGAGAACACUUUGUAUGUCUACAUCUUUUAACUCUUUUUCAUUAAUUCUUCUUCAGACACAACCAUACAUACUUAUAGUAGAUUUCUCUACUAACUCCACUUACUCUCCCUUACACUUAUAGCUUUACCUACUCCCACUUGUCCAUGCCUCUAUAUUAGGCCAUGGACUAAUUCUACAAGCAAACUUAUCUUAUUCUAACAACUUCAACUUAACUUAGUUAGCUUAGCAACUAGCUAGUUAUCUUAUUCUUCUUGUUGAGUUUUCUUCCUUGACUUCUUGUUCUUCUUCCUUUCUUAAAACGUAUUUAAACUUAAAUAAUAUAAGAUAUAACCCAACAACAUAUUUAAAUUGACUUUGCAGUUAUGUUAGUUCGGACAAUUGUCAUUGGACGGACACUAGUGCUUAAAAACCCUAAACCAAUAAAAGGCCGGCCCAAACGAGAUUAUUGUUAUACAAAUAACUUGGCUUUCUUCUCUCUCAAGUCUCAACUCUCCAGGGAAAUAAGGCGCCGCUGUUUCAACUUCCCGAUGGCGAGUUCUAGCAUAGCUAAUUCACUGGGUAAGCGAAAGCCGGAAGAUGAUUUGGACACUGAACCGGUUCUGAGGAGACAUAAAUCCGAGGCCAAGGAGACAAGGAGUGAAAGCCAGGUCGAGUUGCUGGAGACAAAGUCUGAUGAGUCAGCUUUAAACUCAGCCAUGGAGACAAUUGAAGGACUUGAUGAAGAUCCAGAUUUUGUUGAGGAAGCUGCAGGACCACCUAAUAAGAAGCUCUUUCUUGACAAACUCUCUAGCGAAACUGAAAUAUCAGAUGUCAUCGAUUUCUUCAAAGAUGUUGGACAAGUUGUUGGUGUUCGACUUAUGCUUAACCACAAGGGCGGCCGUGUGGACAAACGUGUGGGCAGGCGUGUGGAAAAUCGUCUGGGUUUAGGCUUUGUUGAAUUUGCUUCUUCUGACGAAGCUAAGAAGGCGCUGAAAAUGAAGACCGGUGAAUAUUGGAGCCGUAACAAGGUUUUUCUUAAAGUGGCUGCUAUAUCCCUUCCACCCAAGUAUUGCGUAGAUAACAAUGUGUGGUACGAAGACUACCUUCAACGGGAAGGCCUUCUGAUAGAAGAAUUUGCCGCAGUGGAAGGACUUGAUGAAACUCCUGAGGAACCUGCCAUACCAAAAAAGACGCUCUUUGUGGGCCGUUUCUCUCCCCAAACUAAACCAAGAGAUAUCAUCGAUUUCUUCAAAGAUGUUGGAGGAGUUUCUUAUGUUCGACUUAUAGGAGACCACACGGGCAAGCAUGUGGGCUAUGGCUUUGUUGAUUUUGCUUCUGUGAAUGAUGCAAAUAAGGCGCUGCAACAGAAGAAUGGUGAAUAUUUGCACGACUGUACAAUUUUUCUUGAACUGGCUAAUAAUGGAGCGACGUACCUUCCACCCAAGUAUUGCCUAGAUUACAAGGUUUGGUUCGAAGAAAGCCUUCCGGUUGAAGGACUUGAUGAAACUCCCGAUUUUGCUGAGGCAACUGUCGUACCAAAGAAGACUCUCUUUAUUUCCCAUCUCUCACACCAGAAAACUAUCAUAUCAGAUAUCAUCGAUUUCUUCAAAGAUGCUGGGGAAGUUGUUCGGGUUCGACUUAUUCUAGACCAGUAUGGUGAGCAUGCGGGCUUUGGCUUUGUUGAGUUUGCUUCUUCUAACGAAGCAAAUAAGGCGCUGCAACAAAAGAAGGGUGAAUAUUUGCACAACCACAGCAUUUUUCUUGAUGUGGCGAAUAAUGAAUUUGCAGAGAACCUUCCACCCAAGCAUUGCAUAGAUCACAAGGUUUGGUUCAAUGAAGACUUGCUUCAAAGUGAAAGUUUUAUGAUAGAAGAAGAUAAGACGACACCUCCGGAUUUUGCUGAGAACGUACUCCUUGUUGCCAACCUCUCUCCACAAACAACUAAAAUAUCACAUAUCAUCAAGUUCUUCAAAAAUGUUGGAGACGUUGUCAGUGUUCGACUUAUUGUUAACCGCGAGUGUAAGCAUGUGGGCUAUGGCUUAAUUGAGUUUGCUUCUCCUUAUGAAGCACAGGAGGCGCUGAAAAUGGUGAAUGGUGCAUAUAUGGACGAUCAUAAGAUUAUGUUGAUGAAAGGACUUGAUCAAACUCCCGAUUUUGUUGAGGUAGUUGCCACCUCAAGAAGUAAGACGCUCUAUGUUGCCAAUCUCCCUCGCGAAAAAACUGAAAUAUCACAUAUCAUCGAUUUCUUCAAAGAUGUUGGAGAAGUUGUUCAUGUUCGACUUAUUUGCAACCUCAUGGGCAAUCAUGUGGGCACUGGCUUUGUUGAGUUUGCUUCUGCUGAUGAAGCAAAGAAGGCGCUGGAAAAGAAAAACGGUGAACAUUUUCACCGUCGCAAGAUUUUUCUUGAUGUUCCUAAGAAGGCUCAAGGCCGAUUCAAGUAUUGCAUUGAUCACAAGGUUUGGUACGAAGACUACCUUCGACAAGAAAGCCUUUUGAUAGGAGCUGACGAAACUCCCGAUUUUGCUGAGGAAAAUGUCGUUCGAAGAAAGACACUCUUUGUUGCCAAUCUUUCUCACGACAAUAACAAAUUGCAGAUUUCAAAUAUUUCCAAAAUCUUCAAAGAUGUUGUACAAGUUGUCCGUGUUCGACUUAUUGUAGACCACUGUGGUGAGCAUGUGAGCUGUGGGUUUGUUGAGUUUGCUUCUGCUAAUGAAGCACAGAAGGCGCUACGACACUGGAAAAGAAGAUGUAAGCUUAUUUUCCACGAGGCUGAAAUAGCUGCUACGUACCCUUUCCAACACAAGUACAACCUUGCACAAAAGCUUUGGUACGAGGACAAGCUUAGACGAGAAUAUUUGAAGACCUCCCCGAAUCUGAAGAUCGCCUCCACUGACAAGUGAUAGAAAAAGAUGAAGGGCUCUUUGGAGUUUUUACGUACAGUGGCAACUUAGUUUAUAACUUUUUAUUAUCAGUAAUGUUUAAAUGCCUUACUUUGAUCUCUCACUGCAACGCUCAGGUUUUUUAUCACUAUGACUUAUCGUUUUCCUUAUAACUGUCCGCGACAAGAUAGAGUUUAGAUCAACUGCUUUUCUCA